GUUCUAUUGAACUGGCGGCCAUAUUGACUAAAUACAAUAGUGUACAUUUUCCCAGUGUAUCGGGUUCUGCUGUGUCGCUGUGGGAAAGAUCGUGUGGAAAAUGUCGAUGAUUUCGAUUUGUGCUUGAAUCUGUGGCCCUGGUUACCCUUUAAUCGUACGAAUGGACGACCCAUGGUAUAUGAAGAAGUGGAAGAAGAAGGAAAGGGACGAGCAUGUUGACCAACCCCAAUAUCAGUACCAGAACCGGGACCAGUACGGCCACCUACAGUAUCAGUACCAGCACCACACGCCAGGGGAGGAGGCCGCAAUGAGACGUCUCACGUUCAAGAGGCUCUUCUUUGUCCUUUUCUUGCUUUUCUGCUUGAGGCUGAUGUUCAGAUCCAUGUAUAUGUUAAACGUUCAACACAGAAAAGGACAACUCAUGUAUAUAAGUCAAACUUGCAUGACAGACCAUGAGCGGAAAGUCUUGCAGGAUAUAUUCCACAGGUUCUACGAAGUAGCCAACAAGCAUAAUGUGACUUAUUUCCUUCAUUACGGGUCGUUGCUAGGGAGUUGGCGCCAUCAUGGGAUGAUUCCGUGGGACGAUGACAUGGAUGUGGCCGUCCACAUCCGGGAUAGAGGUCGCAUCAUGCAGAUCUUCGACCCAGCGGACAAUGCCGAUUACAUAGCGUUCGACACCGGCGACCCAAGCAGAGGUCUCAAAUUUUACUCGAAUCAACACUCUGUCAUGAUCCCACAGAAAGUCUGGAAGUGGCCUUUCCUGGAUAUCAGCUUUUAUGACGACAACCAGACUCACAUUUGGGACACAUACGGCCCGGAUUCUCACAGAAAAUUUCUCAAAAACGAAGUGUUUCCACUACGGAAACGUCCAUUUGAAGGCGUCAUGGUGAACUGCCCGAGAAAUCCCCUCUACGUCAUCAGGAAGCUUUUUGGUGACGAGAAUGUCUGCGCCGCAUCGAAGACCAAUCACAUGCACGAGCUCCGUCAUCCCGAGGUGGUGAGGGUCGACUGCCAUGAGCUGAGAGACAGGCUGGAGUUUGUGGAGAGACAUGACGUCAAUGGGAAGAUUUACGAGAAGUAUCAAUCGGGUGUGAAACUCAUCUACGAGGACAACCAUGUCCUUCGUCAACAUCAUUAUGAAUGAGUUGUACCAGGAGGUGAGCAGACGACACGUCGUCAGCUUUCGCUGCAGACGACACAUGUUAGAUCUGCCAAAACAUUCAUGGGAGUUAACCCUCAAGGCCCACGGUUCUAGUGUCUUAUGGCUAAUUAUUACUCGCCCGUAUGUGCGUUUUCAUAAGUGAAAUGUCUGGCAUAUCCUCAAGUCACAACCUACUAAUCUCAUGCACCUUCAACAUUUCGCUUGAUAAAAUCUUCUAGUCUUAUUUAUCAUUUUGAUGACGACAUUCCAUGUUUGGCCUUCAUUUACCUGCCGGGAAGGGGAAGCCGCGAAAAUAUGAAUGAGGACAGAUCAUGAAUGUGUAUACUUGAUGUAAAUGUGCUGUUUUCUUUCGGCUGGUCGUUUAGUUUUUCGUUGUUAAAUUGUUUUCAUGUCGAUGAUAUUGCAUGUUUCUUGUUAUUUCGACGUAUGGUAAUAAAGAAAAAUGAAAAUGGA